UCGUUGUCAAUCACAAAGCAUCGAUCUGACAAUCGGUCCUGCAUACCACGCUGUAAUCCUAAAUUGCCCAAAGCUGACGCUUUUGCGAUGCGCCAAGCCGCGCCAGGCGGCAAGGCAGUCGGCGCCAGGCGCCGCGUGGGGAAUGGCAGUGCUGCGAGCGAGGGAAGCAGGAGGGAGGGAAGCAGCGAGGGAAACAGGGGCAUCGGCAGGGCACGAGCAGAAGUUAGCGGCUCGGAUCAAGAGGAGCAGGUCGAUCGGCGGUAUGCCGUACCGCUAAAUGGGAAGGCGGGGCGCCCCGAGGCGUUUAGCCCCGCCGCGGUGAUUCCGGUAUGGAGGGCGGCACGGAGAGCGAUGCUGAGAGCGAUGGCUGCGACGCGCACAGUGCUGCCAGACGGCAGCUGGUGGGACCUGCAGAAGCUUGCGGGGGGGAGGGCUACAGGCGGCACAGGUGCGAGCAGCGGCGGCAGCGGCAGCAGAUGCAGCAGUGGGGAUAGCGGUGGGGGUGGGGAUUCGGCGGGUGAGUUGUGGGGCGCCGUCCGCCAGCUGUGGCGGUUCUGCGCGGCGGACAAAGCCAUGCUCGCCCUUGCCGCGCUCUGCCUUGCCCUCGCCGCUGCAUCAGAGGUGGCCAUCCCGCACUUCCUGGCGGCCAGCAUCUCCGCGGCGACAGUGGGGCGGCAGGAGCAGUUGGCGAGGAACGUGCAGCGGCUCAUCGCCAUGACGCUCGCCUCUGGGGUCUUCAGUGGUCUGAGAGCGGCCGCCUUCACCAACUUCAACCGCCACAUGGUGCGGCGAAUGCGGCUGGCCCUCUACAGCACGCUCCUGCGGCAGGACGUGGCCUUCUUUGACGACCAGCUGGUGGGCGACCUCACGUCUCGCCUGGGCGCCGACUGCCAGGCAGCAGGGCUCACGGUGGGCAGCGACCUCAAUAUCAUGCUGCGCCAUGCGCUGCAGGCCACAGGGGCGUUUGUGGUCCUCAUGCACCUAAGCUGGCAGAUGGCCCUUGUGACUGCUGCCCUCUGUGCCCUCAUGUGGUGCCUGCUCCUGCGCUAUGCCACCUUCUCUCGGCGGAGCGCCGUGGCACUCCGAGACAUCGAGGCAGAAGCCAAUGCGGUGGCGGAGGAGACCCUGUCGCUGGCCCGGGUGGUGAGGGCCUUUGGCACGGAGAGCAAGGAAGUCGCCAGGUACGAGGCGCCACUCCAGCGCAUCGUGCAUGUGGGUUCGAGGAGGUGCGUGGCGAACGGGCUGUGGGCGUGCGCUGGCAACACCAUCUACAAUGCCACGCAGGUGGCGGCGCUAGUAAUGGGUGGUGGAGCCGUGAUGGCAGGUCAUAUAGCACCGGAGCAGCUGACGCGGGUCAUACUGUACGUGGAGUGGGUGGUGCGCAACAUGUGGUGUGUGGGCACGCACUGGGCCGGGCUCAUGGACGCGGUGGGCUCGUGCCACAGAGUGUUCCAACUGCUGGAUCUGCCGCACUCGCACCAGUUCACAAAGGGCAGCGGUCGCAUACUCCCCUCCCUCCAGGGCAAGCUUGAGAUCCGCAACCUCUCCUUCAGCUACCCCACCCGCCCCCAGGUACUUCUUCCCCACCCGCCCCCAGGCGAGCUGCUGGCGCUGGUGGGGCGCAACGGCCUGUGUUUGAGGCUCCUCAGAAAACUGAGAUUCCACCACCCUCCUGCAGUCACCUGUCUUGGAUGGGUUCAACCUGACCAUCCAUCCAGGCGAGCGCGUGGCGCUGGUGGGGCGCAAUGGCAGUGGCAAGAGCACGCUGCUGGCGCUGCUGCAGCGAUUAUACGACCCCACAGAGGGGCAGGUGCUUAUAGACGGCGUGCCUCUACCAGAGAUGGACAUUGCGUGGCUCCGAAGGCACAUCGGCGUGGUCAGCCAGGCGUCAAGUACUCAACGAGUUUACUCGCCUCACCUCAGGAGCCCUGCCUGUUCAGCACAGACGUGGCAUCCAACAUUGCAUACGGAAGCAGCGAGGAACUUUCUCACGAGGACAUUCGCCGGGCAGCGACCCUGGCCAAUGUGCAUCAGUUUGUUUCCGGGCUGCCCCAGGGCUAUGACACUGUGGUGGACAACGCGCGGCUGAGUGGCGGGCAGAAGCAAAGAAUCGCAAUCGCGCGUGCUCUAGUGCGCGACCCCACUCUGCUGUUUCUGGACGAGCCCACGAGUGCUCUGGAUGCAGAGAGCGAGCACUAUGUCCAGAGGGCAUUGGACGAGGCCAUUCAUGGGGAUGCCGAUGCACAUGGCAGCAGAAGGCGAACCAUCAUAGUGAUUGCUCACAGGCUAUCCACAAUCCGCAGUGCGGAUAGAAUAGUGGUCAUCGCGGCAGGCAGAAUCGUUGAGGCCGGCACACACGAGCAGCUCAUGGAGCGCAAUGGGGAGUAUGUGAGGCUGCAUGCACGCCAUGUCGCAGCCUGUUAGAAUAGUGGAUCUGCAAGCCCGAUAUCCACCUAGCCAAGGGACACUACCGUAUUCCCCCGUACAGGGCCUCAGAUUCGUUUUGGGGCACGCUGAUCGCUCAGGGUCCCCCCCUCGUAGCUCCCUGUUUUUUCAGGCCUCGCAAACAAAAUUACGCUGAUCAAUCAGGGUGUUACGAAAAUUACGUAUAAAUUCUGCGCUGAAUA